AUGACCCAUCAACCAUUAGAUAAUUCUUCAACAAGUUCAACAACAUUUCAACCAAGAAAAAAGUUUUCAUUACAUUAUGUGCUUCUAAGGUUUGAUAAAGUUUUUCAAGAAGUUGUUCGAGAUUCAUUAGCAGCAAACUUUGGAUUGCCAUCAACAAGAAAUGCAGCAUUUAGUAAAAUAUUCAAUGAACAUAUGAUAUUUUUAGCAUCAGUAUUAAGACAGAAAUUUUCUCGUGGUCGACAAGAAUGUUUAGUUUUAGAAAAAGAACAAUCAGACGAGUCUUUAAUGCAGUUAUGUCAACAAGUCGAAUCGAUCUAUAUUUUAAUUAAUACAACAAAUAAUAAUGAUAGUCCAGUUAAAAUUGAAAUGGAUAUUACGUAUGUACAUCAUCAAUUUUUAUCAGUAACCAAUUGCUCAUUCCUAAAAUCAAAUCAAUCUCCAUCAUGGUUUAUUUGGUGA